AUGCGGGGAGCUCUCUCCUCUCUCCUCGUGCUCUGUUGCUUUGCCGGGCAAAUUCUGGUAAAUUCGGUGGUAGCAAUCCUUCGAGUUAGCCUGAAUAAUAAGAGCUGGCGCUGUCAAUGGAAGUCCCACCAGGCUCCCAGCGGCCCAAGUGGGCGGUCGAAGCGGAAUCCCCAGAAGAAGAGCAAAAGGAUCUGUUCAAUUGGGCAGAUUGGAAAGGGGGAUUCUUGGAUAGCAGAUGUGAACGCUGUGACUAGAAAACGAAGGGUAGGCUCUUGCCCGGUGUAUGUUAUGCCUCGACCAAAAAAGGCUCGAGUUUCAAAGAAGGUGUCGUGGCGAUUUGCGCUUCCCCUACCGAACGAUUUUGAGGUGAUCGGAGUUGUGGAUGAAAACUUACUCCCGAAAAUCGUCGUCGGCAGGGAUAUGGAUAGCACAACGAGUGCUACGUCAGUGGAUCUGGCCUAUGGAGGGCGAGAAUCCCACCUAGAAAGGCUCCCCGGUCGUGCGAAUCCGAGUUUGCAGCCAUCAGAGUCUAGGCAAGGGCAAUCGCCGCCGAUGGCUGCAAAAAUUGACCUACCGGAAAAUUCGCCUAGAAUCUGGAGGGUUGAUACACCCUGUGAUAGGGAUUUUCCAUUGGUCCAAGAGAUUACGUCCUGGCAGUGGGUCUUUUCUCUGACCAAAAUUGAAAUAGAGAAUCCCACUUCCACUCAAACUCGGACUGUGUUCAACCAAGUUGGGAAUUCUACUCUUGGACGAUCCCUCCCGUUUGCCUAUUUAUUGCCGUUGCGCCGAACCCUGCCUCACACAAAAACAAAAUCUCGACGAAGCUCGUGUUGGGUGGUGACAUUGAAUAACACAGAUCUUUCCAAGGAGAUUCCUAAUUAUGAUAAGCGACAAACUGGUCCUGAGUUCUCGACCCCGUUUUGCUCUCGCUCCCCUGUGCUCAUGUGA